AUGCCUGCAUUGUACAAGUCUCAGAACAAUAUCUACGUGCGGCAUCCUUUCCACCAGGAGAUUUUUGUCAGCUACAGCAACUUCCUUAAAGUAUCUGUCAGCUGGAUAUGCAAGGACUACGUCAUCAACAAGCUGACCUCAAAAGAGCUGAUGAGCCGUAAGGUCGGCCUUGUGCCCUCCCAUUGGCCCAGAUCUAUCCACGUGAUCCACGCUGGGGCCGCACUGGAGAACCUGUACCCGCGUACCUACUCCAACGUCUCCAGGAAACUCUCCAUGACCAUGAGUUCUGCCAAGGUCGUGAGGGCCACGAUGACGUCAUUUCUCCAGGUCCUGUUCGAGGGCGGCGUCACGUGGGCAAAGAUCGUGUCCAUGUUCGCCGUGGCCGGCCUUUUCGCCGAGGAGUGCUCCAGUCAAGGUCACGCUGACUUCGUUCAAGAGGUGGUGGACACGGUCGUGGACUUCACAGGCUCCGCGCUGCUCCAGUGGUUGGUGGUCCAGGGAGGAUGG